UCAUUUAGAUAGAAGAAAUUCACCACCCAAUAGUUUGACACCAUGUCUAAAGAUUCGGAAUAUGUUUGAUCCUGUUAUGGAAAUAGGGGAUCACUGGCAUUUGGCAAUUCAAGAAGCAAUUUUAGAAAAAUGCAGUGAUAAUGAUGGCAUUGUUCAUAUUGCAGUAGACAAAAAUUCACGUGAGGGUUGUGUAUAUGUUAAAUGUCUGUCUCCAGAAUAUGCUGGCAAGGCUUUUAAGGCGUUGCAUGGCUCUUGGUUUGAUGGGAAAUUGGUUACAGUAAAAUAUUUACGACUAGAUAGAUACCAUCAUCGCUUUCCCCAAGCUCUUACUUGCAACACUCCCUUGAAGCCAUCAAAUAAGCAUAUGAACUCUAUGUCUCAUCUUCGUCUUCGGACUGGCCUAGUCAAUUCUCAGGGAAGUUCCUGAAAAGACUUUCUACUACUCCUAGGACUGUUACUUAGAAUACGAAAAUUCCUAUUUGGCUUCCCGUCUUCCUUUUUAAAUGCUUUUUGUAUGUAAUAUUUUUAUUGAAGAAUACAGCUCUAUUUGAAUGUUCCAGAAAUCUUAAGGUUCCAAAGUGACUUAGCAGAGAGGCAGUAAUGCUGAGUAGAUAGAAUAAUUGUUUCAUUCAGUUUUUGAAGCUCAGUUAAGCCAAUGCAGUUAAGGUUUUGCAUGAAGACCAUUGACUU